AUUUUUGGAGGUGGUAUCAGGUAACAGUUCCUCGAAAGUCUGUUCCCGGGAUCAGUUACAAAACUUGACAAGCUCCGGUUUUGUAACUCACAACCCUCUGACCAAUCAGCGCGCUCCGUUCCGGUCACGUGACGGUGUAUUUUUAUGUAACACGCUGGCACGGGGGUGAUGUCGGUGAUCCUGCGGUGCGGCUGUUCCGAGCUUAGAGAAGAAAAUAAAAACAUGGAUUUACGGCGGAAUUGAUCAUUUAUUUGGUUUUUACUGCACAAUUAAAAUGUCGAUAGAAGAGCCGGAGCAAAACUGUGUCUCUUCAGGGGACAGAGGAGGGUUCUUCAUCCCGUCCGAGUCUGAGAGGGACUGGGCUGAGGAGGAGCUCGGAGACCGGCUCGGGCUGGAGCACAAGCGCCUUCGGGGAGCGCUGGACGCCCUGUUCCGAGCCGUGAGGUCCGAGUCGGAGUCUGUGCGACCAGAGCACAUCAGCGCCUUGGUGGAGCUCAUGGUGCGCAACUUUCGGCAGAAGGAAACGAGCGCUUCGUGGCCGCGGAGCUCCCGGGACGGAGGAGCGGACGGGGAACUCGGCUGUCCCGGGUGUCAGCGGCUGAUGGAGGAACCGGUGACCGUGGCGUGCGGACAUUCCUACUGCAGAGGCUGUUUACAACAGGCCCCUCUGUCCACGUGUAAAACAUGUCAGGAGGAGAUCGGGCCGAAACAUCAACUCCGGGCCACCGUGCUCCUGUGUGCGCUCCUGGAGAAAUGGUUUCCGGAGGAAGUCCAGAAGACGAAGCGGAGAGCAGAAGUGAGAGAGCUGCUGAGGAGCCACCAUUUCCCCCAGGCGCUCUCAUUAGCAACACAUCUCUUAGAAUCCGACCCCAGUGAUAUCAGACUGCGAGUGUGUCGAGCUGAAGCGUAUCGGUGCCUGCAGCAGUAUCGUCACGCUCUAGAAGACUUUGACGUGUGCGAAAGCAUCUCUCCAUCUGUCGAGGUGGUGUUCUGUAAAGCGAAGCUGUUAAAGGAAAUGGGUCGAGUGGACGAGUCUGUGAAACUCUUCCUGCAGUGUCUCUGUGUGGAUCAGAACUUCCUGGAGGCCAGACAGGAAGUGGAAAACAUCCUGUGUGCUCUCCUAGUUCCCACGUGUGAGAGUGUGCAGGUGCUCGAGGAGUGUUCCGAGCCCUCGGGUCUAAUUAGAGCUCAGUCUCUACGUGCUCACGCGGUGGGCGGAGCCAGAGGAGAGGGGCUGAAGCGGGUUAGCUCCGCCCCUCAGUUGGGAGAUAAGGGAGCGCUGCUGAAGAGGAAGCUGUCAGGGUUGGAGGCGGGGCAUGAAGUGGUGGGAACCGCUGACUCCAAACACAAAAAACAAGGAGUGAGUGGAGCAGCAUCAGUGUGUAGCAACGAAGAGAAAGUCCUCCUGCGAGUCCCAGGAGAUCUGCUCGACCCCUCUGACUUCGAGUGUUCACUGUGUAUGAGACUGUUCUACGACCCCGUGACGACUCCGUGUGGACACUCGUUCUGUAAGAACUGCCUGCUGAGGAGUUUAGAUCACAGCCCUCAGUGUCCUCUGUGUAAAGAGAGUCUCAGGCUGUACUUGGCGUCUCGGAGGUUCUCCAUCACACGUGUGCUCGAUGACAUCAUUAAGCGUUACAUGUCUGAGGAGCACGCCGUGAGACAGAAGAUCCACAACGAUGAAACGAAGGAGCUCUCUGAUUUAGAGAAUAACGUUCCUAUCUUCGUGUGUGCGAUGGCGUAUCCCACAGUCCCCUGCCCUCUGCACGUGUUCGAGCCUCGGUACCGUCUCAUGAUCCGCCGCUGCAUUGAGAGAACACAACAGUUUGGCAUGUGCAUCAGUGACACGCAAAAGGGUGUGUUUGCAGAUUUCGGCUGCAUGCUGCAUAUCCGUAAUGUGCACUUCCUGCCAGACGGCCGCUCUGUCGUCGACACGUUUGGAGGAAAACGGUUCCGUGUCCUCUCACGCAGUAUGAGGGACGGGUACUACAUCGCUAACAUCGAAUACCUGCAGGACCAGAGAGUGGAAGGAAAGGAGGAGCUGAAGCUGCAGGACCUCUACGAUCAGGUGUAUAAUCAGGCGAGCGUCUGGUUUCAUGCACUGGAGAACCGAUUUAGGAACCAAAUACUUCAGCACUUUGGACCCAUGCCUGAGAAAGAGAACGAUAUACAGUCCAGCCCUAAUGGUCCAGCAUGCUGUUGGUGGUUGUUGGCGGUUCUCCCAGUGGAUCCUCGUUAUCAGCUCUCGGUUCUCUCCAUGACGACCCUCAGAGAACGUCUGGUUAAGAUCCAGCACAUCCUCGCAUACCUGCAGAACGCUCACCAGUAGAACACACACACACACACACGCGCGCACACACGCACACACUGUGCCAUCCUAUAUUAGCACAGAAACAGUCCUGACACACUCUCAUCCACUCGUGUGUGUGUGUGUGUGUGUGUGUGUGUGUGUGUGUGUGUGUGUGUGUGUGUGUGUGUGUGUGUGUGUGUGUGUUUUCUGAAUGAAUCCCAAAUGCUGAUCAUUUUUCUCAUAUUUAUAAAAAUACACUUAAAAAGGAAAAAAAAGACUGAAUUAGAGAGAGAUUAGACGGAGAUCAGACAGAGAUGUACAGAAACCGUUAGAUCCUGACCCAGAUCACUUUUACAGCACAUCGAAGUUGUGCUAAAAUUAUUGGCACCCUUUGGUAAGAUUGUGAAACAUUUCGACCUUAUCUAGGGAAAUGUAUAUUUAUGUAGCUGAAGCAUGUUUACUUCACAGAGAAUCUCACACCUCCUGCAGCUGACUUCCUGUUUCUCUCUCUCUCUCUCUCUCUCUCUCUCUCUCACUCUCUCACUCUCUCUCUCUCACACACACACACACACACACACACACACACACACACACACAUUGGAAGAUGCAGUCAAGUGCCAAUAAUUUCCCUUUCUAUCAAUAGCGCCCUCUGCAUGCAGGAGGAGCUUUUUAUUCACACUGAAUAUCCGUCAGCAUCAGUUACUUCUGGAAGAAAAAUACACGUUCAUUCAAUAUAAAA